UUUUUUUUUUUUUUUAAAUCACUGUUUGAUUUUGAGCAGUAACCAGGCUUUUUUUUCCAGAUGUUAGUCCACACCUAUUCAUCCAUGGACCGGCACGAUGGCGUCCCGAGCCACAGUUCCAGGCUCUCACAGCUGGGCUCGGUGUCUCAAGGACCUUACUCCAGCGCCCCGCCGCUGUCCCACACCCCGUCGUCAGACUUCCAGCCGCCCUACUUCCCGCCUCCCUACCAGCCGCUCCCCUACCACCAGAGCCAGGACCCCUACUCCCACGUCAACGACCCCUACUCCCUGAACCCACUGCACCAGCCCCAGCAGCAUCCCUGGGGGCAACGGCAGCGGCAAGAAGUGGGUUCAGAAGCCGGCUCUCUCCUGCCCCAGCCUCGGGCCGCCUUGCCCCAGCUCUCGGGCCUCGACCCCCGGAGGGACUACCACUCGGUCCGCCGGCCAGACGUGCUGCUGCAUUCGGCGCACCACGGCCUGGACGCGGGCAUGGGUGACAGCCUCUCGCUGCACGGCCUCGGCCAUCCCGGAAUGGAAGACGUCCAGUCAGUUGAAGAUGCCAAUAACAGCGGCAUGAAUCUAUUGGACCAGUCUGUCAUAAAAAAAGUUCCGGUUCCUCCCAAAUCUGUGACUUCUCUGAUGAUGAAUAAAGAUGGCUUCCUGGGAGGCAUGUCCGUCAACACCGGCGAGGUAUUUUGCUCGGUCCCGGGCCGUUUGUCUCUGCUCAGUUCAACUUCAAAGUACAAAGUAACUGUGGGAGAAGUUCAGAGACGGCUUUCGCCCCCCGAAUGCCUCAAUGCGUCUCUCCUCGGCGGCGUCCUCAGAAGAGCCAAAUCGAAAAAUGGGGGGAGAUCUUUGCGAGAAAGGCUAGAAAAAAUCGGUUUGAAUUUACCCGCGGGCAGGCGCAAAGCAGCAAAUGUCACGUUACUCACCUCCCUGGUGGAAGGAGAAGCUGUUCACUUAGCUCGGGAUUUUGGGUAUAUUUGCGAAACAGAGUUUCCUGCUAAAGCUGUUUCUGAGUAUUUGAAUCGGCAGCACACGGACCCCAGUGACCUGCACUCCCGAAAGAAUAUGCUGCUCGCUACAAAGCAACUUUGUAAAGAAUUUACGGAUCUGCUGGCGCAGGACCGGACGCCAAUCGGGAACAGCAGACCUAGCCCUAUCCUGGAGCCGGGGAUCCAGAGCUGCCUCACGCACUUCAGCCUCAUCACGCACGGCUUCGGAGCCCCGGCCAUUUGCGCCGCACUCACGGCCCUGCAGAACUAUCUCACCGAGGCGCUCAAAGGCAUGGACAAGAUGUUCUUGAACAACACCACCACUAACAGGCACACGUCUGGGGAAGGCCCAGGUAGUAAAACUGGCGACAAGGAGGAGAAACACAGGAAAUGAAAAAUUAAAAAAAAAAAAAAAAGAAAGAAAGAAAGAAAAAUGUUUUAAAUACAAAAGGAAAACAGAAAAAAAUUUAAUUUUAGCUUUAAAAUGUUGGAUUGGCUUUGGAAGAAUUAAUUAUAUUAGGUAGAAUACACAUACAAUCAAAUUUUAAAAAAAGAGCUAAAUAACUUUAAAAAAAAAAAACUGAGGCUUACAACGGAGCAACAGUAUCGGUUCUCAGUGUCUAUUUCAAGAUACACUUGGAGACAAACGUCCGGAUUUUCCACUUCGGUUCUUUCGAGCUUAGUAAUACUGAUAAUAAAAGAAAACCAUGAUUUUCCCCCUUUGGAAAAAUAAACAUAAGACUAAACAUGAGAAAACGCUAACUUAUUGGAAGAAAAUCGGAGAAACAUUGUUGGUGUCAGUGCUUUGAGAGUUGGUUGACUGAGACGCACGAACUUUUUAAUUUUUAAUAUUUUUUUAGGAAACUCUCGCAGUCCCCGCCCUUCCCCCUCACCUCACCCCUCUCCCAACCACCCUUUUCUAUGUUGCCCUCCCUCCCUCAAGCUGUCACGGGAAUUUUCCGGGAUGAACAUGAGUGUGGUUAGCCCCUUUGCGUUUGCCCCUCGGUUACCCCCGCCCCGCCCUGCGCCCUGCGUUGUUAACUCACCGGUGCCCAGCUCCCGUUGGCACCCUUCGGGGAGGGCGAGGGCGGGCGGGGCGGGAGGCCCGCCGUGGUGCCGGCGGUGGCUGCCGCUUGUGUGGGCCCGCCGAGCAGAGAGGCUCCUGCGGCUGAGGAAAAUCCGGAUCAAUAAGUUGAUUCAGACUCAUCAUCAGUUCCUUUCAGAAAUGUUACUAAUUCCCAGCCUUGCCAGCACCUGCAUACAGAGAACCUUGCAUUUGUUAUG